GUUUCUUCUCGCGACACCUCCGAAAGUGCCCCUUGUAUGCUGAGGUAGUGUGCGAAUAUAUAAGGCAUAACGUACAUAAGGCAUAACGUACAGAAUGUAUAAAGUAUUAAGUAAGCAUAAUAUCCGCUGUACGUCUCUCUUUCUGCAGAGACUCCAGAGUACAUUGGUUGUUGCAGAGCACAAUAAUGAAAAACUUACACCAAUAACUUUAAAUACCAUAACUGCAGCUAAACAACUUGGUGGGGAAGUGUUUUGCUUGGUUGCUGGCACAAAUUGCAGUAAGGUUGCAGAAGAAGUAUGCAAAAUACAAGGUGUUCAAAAAGUCCUGGUUGCGCAGCAUGACGCAUACAAAGGAUUUUUACCAGAGGAGCUGAGUCCAUUGAUACUGGCUUCACAGAAACAGUUUAACUUCACCCAUAUCUGUGCUGGAGCUUCUGCCUUUGGAAAGAGUAUAUUACCAAGACUUGCUGCCAAGCUUGAUGUAGCUCCUGUGUCUGAUGUUACUGAGAUCAAAUCACCUGAUACUUUUGUUAGACCAAUCUAUGCUGGAAAUGCACUCUGCACAGUGAAAUGUAAAUCAAAAGUUAAAGUCUUCACUGUACGAGGAACAUCUUUUGAGGCUUCACCCACAAGUGGAGGCAAUGGAUCUACAGAAACAGUUACUACUGAUUCUGCUGUUGGCCUAUCAGAAUGGCUUGAACAGAACCUGACUAAAAGCGAUCGUCCAGAGUUAACCAGUGCAAAAGUUGUAGUAUCUGGUGGAAGAGGACUGAAGAGUGGUGAAAACUUUAAACUACUAUAUGAUCUUGCUGACCAAUUGCAAGCUGCAGUUGGAGCUUCAAGAGCAGCUGUUGAUGCAGGAUUUGUCCCAAAUGAUAUGCAGGUUGGGCAGACUGGCAAGAUUGUGGCACCUGAACUUUACAUUGCCGUGGGGAUUUCUGGUGCAAUUCAGCAUCUUGCAGGAAUGAAGGACAGCAAAACAAUUGUUGCGAUUAAUAAGGACCCCGAAGCCCCUAUUUUUCAGGUAGCUGACUAUGGACUUGUUGCUGACUUGUUUAAGGUCGUUCCUGAAAUGACUGAGCAGUUAAAGAAGAAAUAAUGUAUUCACAGAAAACGAUCAUGUAUAAAGAAGCAAACCUCUCAGGACUGAUCUAGGUGUUGUGCUCUUAAUCCUGCCUCUCUUCAGUGACAUUCAGUAGUAUUCAGAUUCCAUAUUCAUUUUGAUCUGUUGGUGUGUUUUACAAGUAGUUUGGUCACACAGCUCCAGAGAAUCCGUGUAAGACCUAAGUGGCCUGAGGCCUGAAAUCUCAAUGCAGUUUUGUGUUUUCAUUGAUUUUUGGAGAACACUUAACAUAGCUUCUUUAUUGUCAUAUGUAAUGGGACUAAAAUUGUGGAAAUCUUUGACUUCAAUAAAUUAAUUAUAAUCUUUAUUAUCCCCUAACUUGUUAAACCAUGAUGCACAGAGUUCCUUACACAAUAAAGACCACAUACUUUUAAAUUACAAUCAAAUGUUUUGCUUAGCUUAAUAAACCUUGACUACAGUAUUAUUGUAGUGUGUUUCACAGUAUGAAUGAGUGAAGGUAUAUUAAUUAUAUUAAAAUGGGCAUUUCUGAAAUAAACAGGAAAAGUAAA